AGUCGGUGCGUAAAAAUUGCUAAGGGGUUGCCUUUCACCGAAUCUUCCAUUAAGCACGGUCGUCUUUCGACGAAACUCCCUGCUAUAGCCACUUUGUAUUUUUACCACCAAAUUGACUUGAUAGUUCGUCAUCCUGCUAAUUUUCUGGAGAUGAAUUGUUUGACUAGAAGAAGACUCGCUUUCAGUUUCAACUAAGAUACGAGGAAGACGAGCUUUGUUUUGAGCGAUAGGGUAAAAAGAGGAGCAGAUGAUACUAGAACUAGAAAUUCCUCUUGUGAAGAUUAUGAUUAUCAGUAUGAACAACUAGUAGGCUUGAAGAUGCAUAUGAACAAUCAUCUUGGCUCUCGCCAGGAUAUCAACUAGUGCGAAACACCAACAAAGUUGAUGUUGCUGUUUACGACUAUUUGAUGAUUGUUGCUAUUAAUUCAUAUACUUCUUGCCAUGACAACGUAGACAUCACCAUAUUAAAAACAAGGAAGAACUUCAACUUAUUCAUCUUAUGUAUGUUGACCACCUACUUCGCAUUCUUGUAAAGUCCCCAACCAAAUACACUAUCUUAGAAUAGAGAAAGCAAUCAACCAUCGUUUCACAGUCGAGUAGUUUCUACUCCAGAUCAUGGCUCUACGUUCAUCGACCGAAAAAGACUUGUGUGACUGAAUUUGAAAAAUUAUACGGACAUCCUUUACCGCCCAUUCAGUACUGUUUGUAGCAGCUGUUAUCAAUCUACAGUUGUAGAGCGAUAAUAGCUUGUAAAGACAACUAAGGAGGCUCAGUCUUGCAGAGUCGUGUCUAGUAUCUUUCUAUUACUCGUCUCCUCGCAUCAAGCUCUCUUACGAUUGAGUAACCUCCUCAUAUCUGAGGAGGAAGGUAAAAGAGCCCUACGCUACAGUAUUAAGGCUUCAAUACUAUCUAUUGAAAUCUUCAUAGUUAUUUGAGUUACAUCACCAGAAACCGAAACGUAUACGCAGCUUAUUCUUGCGCUCCGUGCAUGUUAGCUUUAUCCGAUUAUAUUGAUAUUUUUGUUUCAUCCACUUUGUUAAUACAGUUAGUACAGUCGUGUAUGUUGAAUGACGCACCAGACGUCUGCAGUUGUACCCGCAACUCCUAGACAGUAGAGAUAUGGGAAGGUAGCAACUUCUAGACAGUAGAGAUCAGCAUUAGAAGACUUUAGAGAAGAGAUUGAAUCAGUAAACUCCUGUCACUGGUGCAUAAACUCAUUGUCUGCUUCCAUAGUCCUCUUAGUCUUCAAGUCUUCUACUCAACAUACACCUACUAGUUAGUAUCACAAAACUAGAGGAUUUAGAGUUUUGGAAGGAUCUUUACAUGUGAACAGGAGAUAAAAUACAACGACGAGACCUCCAUAACAUUAACAACCAUGAUUGUUCACUAUUGCUAACUCCUGAAAUUGAUGAUGUUGAUGUUCAACGAAUGAUAAUUCAUUAUCUCUGCCGACUGUGUUUAUUGAACGUCAACAUUUUUAACAUUAUUCUUUCACGUAUAAUAAAGUCUCGAAAUCAAAAAGAUGUUUUUCCCACCGAGCGCAAACAAGAAUCCAUAUGGCACGAGUGCUUCCGGCUAUGGGAUGGGUACUUACUAUUUGAGCGUAGUUAUUUUUGAACCAAGCCUCUAUGAUCCUUUUUUUUAUGUACUCUCUAAUCCUCACGACUAGAAUCGUUCCUCAAUCGUGACUUGGGGUAUGUUCGAGUACAUCCUCAAUGUUCGAGGACAUUAGCAGGUCGUGAGGAUGUACUCACUAGAUCAAUCGUGAGGACCAUGGGACAUUAGGUCGUGAUUAGGUCCUCGUGAGGUUGACGAGGACAUUCCUCAAUCGUCUUCACUUGAGGUACUUAUGUACAACUACCUUUUCCCUCAGCAGCACUAUGUACUCAAUAUCAUCCCACAUCUCAUUCCCCACUCCUCACGACGACCACAGACGCCAGCACAGCCGGAGCCAGUGCUAGUCCGACCUUGAGUGGUGCCGAAUGGCAAGGAUUGUACGACUACAGUGUUGCUGGAGACGACCUCCACGGUCCGUUGACUACUGCCGGGAGCAUCGGAGCCGCGUCGGCUGGCAGUUUGGGAGCAGCGCUAAGUGGAGCGGAGCAUCAUGCUGCGAUGAGCCAUUUAGCCUCUCUGCAAGGUGCUGCUGGAAUUCGUGUUGCAGGGGAUCCGCACAUGCUCACCGCACCUCCUCCCGGUCAUCCGCACAUGCUUGGUGGACAUCCUGGAGGUGGUGCUGGGCACGCAGGCGCUUCUGCUGCUGGUGCAGCAGCAGCUCAGCACCACAUGGACGCAGCAGCUGCAGCAGCUCAGGCCCAGGCUCAUUUGUCGGGAUUACCUGCUCAUUUCGAGCACGGAUAUGGAGGAACGCUGAUGGACCCUUUAAUGCGAUCCGUCACAGGUCCACCGCCAGGCAUGGCACCGCCACCGGGAAUGGCACCGGAUGAAUUGACGUCGAUGCUCGCAGCACAACAAGCUGGACAAACGGCAGCGCAUCAUCAGGUAAAAUAACUAUUCACAGGAGACGUCACAAUUUUGAUUUCAUCCAACAAAACGGAAACCGAAACACAAGAAGGAUGAUCAAAUGAUCAUGAUGUCACGUGAUAUCACGUGAUAUUUUGCAUUUGCACCCGAUUUUUCAGAAAAAUUCAAACUUGUUAUCCUACUUCUCCACUUUCGCUCCAGAUUUUUCAGAAAAAUUCAGACUUGUUAUCCUACCUCUCCACUCUCCACCAUCACCAGGCCGCCACCGCCCACGCGGCUGCUGCUGCUAUGGCUGCGCAGCAACAAUUGGAAAUGCAACAAAUCAUGAACGCUACAGCCACGCACUAUCAUGCCUUGUACAGUCAACGAAUGAAGCAGCUUUUGCCGCCACCGCCUCCCCCACCUCUGGCCGCUGAGGCUGCUUGGCGUGAUCACAUAUACAGAGCUUCGAGCUCGCCAUCGAUUUUGGAUUCCAGUGCGGGUCAAGCUGACGGAUUUUAUCAUGCGGCGAUGGGGGUAUUUUUAACUGGAAGAUUUUAUGUUUUUUUUAGUGAGUGACAGACAGUGAAUGAGCCCAUUCAAGAACGUCGAUGCAUUUUUAUCCUGAAAGUAAGUAGAUGAUCAGAUUUUUUUUGAUAGAACACUUUCACUUGUGGACCUUGAUUCGCUUCUCAAAUUCAGGCCGCUGGCUACGGUACAGGAAAUUCUCCUUUCGCUGCAGGCCAACAAGGUUCUACUCUUGGCAAAUAUGGCCAUACAACUGGAAAAGGAAGUGGCGCGCAUUCGCAUAUCAAAGGAGCCGCUGGUGCAAACGCGACUUCACCUCAUGGACACACUUCUAAAGGUCAAGGGAAAAUCAUGAAAGGUCAUCAUCAUGCACAUCCUGGGAAAGAAGGUUCUCAUGGUAAGGGAACAGGCCAUGGAAAAGGACAAUACCAUCAUUCGUCUUAUCACAAUACUCCUACCGCUGGAUAUGGGAAAGGAUUAUCUUCGAUGUUCCACGAUUUCGGACACGGUUACCACGCGGCUAUGGGAGGAAAAGGGGCUGUACUACUACUACAUAUAUUAUACAUAGAUACUUAUUUUAGUUCUAAUACUACAAACUUGCAGUUAUAAUGAACAACAAUGAGCCAACAUCUGAUUCCGAAUUACAUCAAUCUUCACUCAAAUAUAUCUUCUUCUCGACUAGUAAAAGCAUUUCUUUCCACCACAGGAGCAAUCAACAUUUUAUUUACUUACACUGAAUCAUCUUGAAUCCCCAUCUUCGCCAAUACAACAGAAACGAGGAAUGAAGGGUGCUCGAGGAGCUGCUCUGCCAGAAAAAAUACCACCUCUAAACGCCAACGCCAGUCCCGCACUUAAAGAUUUCCGAGAAAAUGGUAGGAGCCCUGAACUUACGGACUUGCUGAAAGAUGAAGACACUUUCAUUCAGUUCGUUCGAGAUCCGAUGGGGGUACUACAUUGAUUAUUGAACAAGUUAGUAUAAUUACAUAAAAAAAUCAAAAAUCAUUAUAGAUACUAACUAGUGCCUUGUUCUUCAUUCUUGUACUCGAACAAUAAUUCUGUAGACGUUUACUCAAUUUUAUUUACAAAAGUAUUUGAAUUUACCAUUCUUUCAUACAAGCUAAAGCACAACCCACCAUAGGUCCACGUCAUCAUCGACAAACUCGUUACCGGUAAAUGUAGCGAUUCCGAUGUGCAAUCUUGUAUGACCAUUUUGCUGCCGAACUUGGUGGAUCAUUGUCGGGAACGGUACUCUGGCAAGGUGGUUUGUGCUCUGUUUGACAUUGGCCAGGCACACCAAAAGCGCAACUUGGCGGAACAUCUCGUUGGGAAUUGCUUGAAGCUAUCGCUUCAUGCGUACUUGCACUUCUUCGUUCCUUUGGUUAUGGUUUUGUGCUAGUUGCUCGUCGUGAUUAUACCGAAGAUCCCAUGUCUAAGUAAAUCCCCUGAAAACCAUUUAAUUUACCACAACAAAUAGUACAACUGACAUCUUCAUGCUACUACAAGAACACACGAGGACUGACGGACUCUACUUCGUACAACACACUGCAACCUACAUUACAGCCACGGUUGCCGUGUCGUUCAAAAAGCUCUGGAAGUUUCUGGCCCAGACCAGCAGUUUCUACUCGCUUCCGAACUGAAAGGACACGAAUCAAUGUUGAUGGAGGACCAACAUGGCAAUCAUGUCCUCCAAAAGCUGAUCGAACACAUGAGUCCCGAGAAGUUUCAGUUUGUCGUGGACGUUGUGACCAGGAACGUCACUCGUUUUGUGACGCAUUGUUUCGGCUGUCGAGUGGUUCAGCGCAUUUUCGAACACGGCUUGGAGUCUCAAACGGAGAUUAUCAUGGACCUGAUCGAUUCCAAGAUCUACGAAUUGAUUUUGGAUCAGUACGGAAACUACGUGGUUCAGAACCUGCUCACCAGAGGCCGUCCGAAGGAUAAGAAGAUCAUCGUCGAUGUGUUGUGCGAGAACAUCCUGGAGAUGUCGACGCACCGAUGCGGCAGCAACACGCUGGAAAGAGCUCUGAUCGAAGGAGAUCCAGAUCAAAAGACACGGCUGAUUCGCUCUCUAUUGGGCGAUCAGAACGAUCCGAAGCCACCGCUGUUGGCUGUCAUGCGGGACAAAUUUGGUACGAUUUAUUCCUAUAUGCUUUUAAUGUAAAUGUAUCUGUCACUAGACGGAUGUCGUGUUUCACUCUUUCAUAACAUCUUCGUAGUUCCUCUUGUUCCUCUUCCUACUUAUAGUUAAAUACUACUUCCUCCCUGCAUCAACAGGCAACUACGUAGCGCAGCGACUGUUACAGAUUUGCGAGGGCGACGAUAAGGAGCUAUUGAUCACCCGACUGAAGCAACACACAAACGCGUUGAAGCGAGUUGCAUAUGGUAAUGUGAUGAUUUCAACUCUGUUGGCUCUACUCUGCUUCUUGUUUGAUGUUGUCAAAUACAAUGUCAAUGACUUUCUUCAAUUUCAUCUCCUACCGUAUCCAAAUCUUCCCAUCUUAAUAAUAUUCUAUCCUAAGAAGUAUCCUAUCGUCUCCUCCCACUCUCUCCCCAAAUAACUUCAGGCAAAUACAUCUUGAAUUCGUUAUCGAAGAUGGAAUUUCGAGAACGACACGUGGGCCCUAAGAUGGACCAAAGUUUUGCGAAGACGAACAGCGACUCCGAAACGGAAGAGCAUGAAACAGAGGAGCACGAAUGUAGUCCCCACGACUCGUUGGACAGCCCAUACCCAGCUGCGCCAUUAGAUCAUUACAGUACUCAUCAUAGAGGUAGCAACAUGAUGAGUAACUACCUUGCAGCCACAUCAGGAGGUCCUACAACGUCUUCUACAUCUAAUGGAGCAGUAGCAGGAGGUGCUGAAGAACACCUAGAUGCAGAUGAAAGAGCAGCUCUCGUGCUGUCAGAACGUGUGAAGCAGGUGAAUGGGUCAACAUCUUCAAGUGCAGCUUCCACGUCUAGUACGACUGAUGCAGCCAAGACCACGCACAUCAAGGACCACGAGGCUGGUGCAGCCACUUCUUGCUCGCACAAGAAAGCUUCCACCACAGCACAGGAAUACGACACCGAAUUUAUUGCCUCCAGAAGCGGUUCGAAGCAAAAUAAUCUUCCAGAACCUAGCUACCUGCUCCUGGACCGGGAGGACAAUGAUCUGCUUGACAGUCUGCUAAAAAGUGAAAUGGCAGCUGAGGAUGUUGAACAGGAGGACCGCGAUUCAGGUGCUGACUAUCCUACUAGAGCGGAUGAUAAGAGCGUGCGAGCGGUAACCUCGAGUACUUCUAUCAAGAUGAUGAAUAUCGAUGCUUCUACGACUACUACUCAUGCGCCCUCACCGACUCAGAUGGUGGAGGAGAGCAAGCUGUUGAGCGAUGGCACAACAACGACUCCCGAUUCCACAGCAAGUUCACCGCCAGGCCUUACCUCCACCGAACAUUAA